GUGCGCAUGCCCGGAAAAACAACAGCAUCUUUCGCACAUGUGCGCAAGUAGGAUUGGUGAAUGGCUGAGCUACAUGGAUAACUUUGAUUAACUGACGUUUAUAUUGAGGUUUAGUAUUUACUCUACUCAUAAUUUGGCUUCAAUUUAAGUAGGCUGAUAAUUUACGUGAACGUCGUGAGGUUUCGCGUCGCGUUUGGCUUCCCGUGUUUGCAUUUACGUUCAGAUGACCAAAUUCCGACCUAUUUGGUAAAUGAGCACUGUAACGCUGAGCUUUCGUCGUGUUUUAAAAUAAUCCUGACGUCAAAGUGCCUGUCGUGCAGGCACGUCUCGGUAACGUCAACAACUUCGGACUCAAUCAGAUCGCACGGGCAAGCUGGUAGCAUGUCGUUUGACAUGAAAAUAAAUUUGUGUUCGUCGUUACUCAGAUUUAUAAGAACGUUUAGUUGCCGGACAUAGUUAUAAAUACCGUAGAAUAUACUUUUAUGUAUUAAAAAAGUUUCGGCGCUGACUGCCGUUCCGUCAAAUCGUGAUGACGUCACACACAUCGAUGCAAUGUGAUGCGAGUAACUUCUUUUUUUUCCCCAACAUAUUAAGAUGAAAAUAAGGUGUCUGUUCAUAAUACCUAAUUACGGUGAAUAUAUAAUACACUGUGGAUUCUUUUACAUUGUAUUUGAUAAUAAAAUGAAUACAAAUAAUUUAUCAUGUAAGAAAAUGCGACAGAAAUAAAAGCAUGAAAACCCAACGUCAACGAUAAUAUAUUAAAAAAAAUGAAUUAAUGCUCAAAGUCCAGUCAUGGUGAUGAGUGGUUGUGGACGAGCGGCAAGGAAGAGGAAGAAAAAGCGCAACGGCGCGGUCCAAUCGGUUUCUCUGAGCCACCAGCCCGAGUACGUGGAGCUGCUCAGGUUUCUUCACCAGCGAGGAUUUGCGUCAACACCGCUGCAACCUGCGCUCUUCCCUGACACAGGCCGAGGUCUGCAGGCUUUGAGGAGCAUAAAGCCCAACCAACUGUUGAUUUCACUGCCCGAGUCUUGUUUGCUUACAACCUCCACCGUGUUGGACAGCUACCUUGGGCGCUACAUCAAGAGCUGGAUGCCGCGGCCCUCGCCUUUAUUGGCUCUCUGCGUCUUCCUGGUGUGUGAGCGGCACAGAGGAGCGGACGCCGAGUGGUCCCCGUACAUCCGCGCCCUUCCCGCCUCCUACACGUGUCCCGCCUAUCUCGCGCACGACGUGGCGGCUCUCCUGCCCGUCGGACUGCGGCGGCAAGCUUUGGAGCAGAAGGACGCCGUGCGGGAAAUGCACUCGUCCAACCAGGAUUUUUUUAAGACUUUGCAGCCGAUUCUCAGUCAGCCGGUGGAGGACGUGUUGACGUUUGAAGCUCUGAGGUGGGCGUGGUGCAGCGUCAACACCCGCUCCGUCUUCAUGCGUCACCCGUCCAACCAAUUUUUGUGUGGCCAGGACGACUACGCGCUGGCUCCCUUUUUGGAUUUGCUUAACCACCGCCCUGACGUGCAGGUCAAAGCGGGCUUCAACCACGAGACCAAAAGCUACGAGAUCAGGAGCGUGGGCGGGACUCCGCGAUUCCUGCAGGCCUUCAUCAACUACGGUUCCCAUGACAACCAGCGCCUGCUGCUGGAGUACGGCUUUGUCGCCGCCGGCAACCCGCACAGCGUGGUCUACUUGGACGCAGAAAUGCUGCGGCAGGUUGUGAAAGGAGACCCAAGGAGUCUGGAGCAGAAGAUGAAGUUCCUCACAGACAACAACUUCCUCAAAAAUUUGAGUGUGAGCAGUGAAGGUCCCUGCUGGAGGCUGAUGACUGUCCUCAGACUGAUGUCACUGCCUCAAACUCUCCGCCACCAGUGGAAGGCGGUGCUGCGCGGCCAAGCGGUAGGCGUGGAGGCCGAGCGCACGAGUCUCCGGACGGCAAAGGCGUUGUGCCGAAGACUUCUACUAGACACGCUCGCGGCUUUGGAUAAGAUCUCCGAGCUCCUCCAAGAUGGGGAGCUCCGGCUCGGGGAGCAGCUGCGGCUGGUCCAGUCACUGCGGCUGGAGGAGAAAUGCAUCCUGGGAAGAUGCCUGGAAUCACUGAGCGCCUCACUCAGUGAGGUGAGCCAACCGGAUGUGGGCGACGUGUGCUGACGUGAAGAGAUGUCCCGAAGACAGACAGACAAGACGGUUGUCGCUUCAACGCCAAAGCGUAUGAAGAAAGUAACCAGAAGCUAUGAGAGACUCUUCUUGGAUUGGCUUUAUUGAGCAUUCAUGAAUAGAGCAUCACGGACACUGUGUGCCACGCUGUGAGAACCCAGCAAGACCCCCCCACCCC